CCCGCGCUGCGCCUCGCCCGGCCCCCGCCGCCGUCUCCUGCUCGCACCGCUGCUGCCGGGCGCCGGAGUAAUAUGCUCACUCGAGUGAAAUCUGCCGUGGCCAAUUUCAUGGGCGGCAUCAUGGCUGGCAGCUCAGGCUCCGAGCACGGCGGCGGCGGCUGCGGAGGCUCGGACCUGCCCCUGCGCUUCCGCUACGGGCGGCCUGAGUUCCUGGGGUUGUCUCAGGACGAGGUGGAGUGCAGCGCCGAUCACAUCGCCCGUCCCAUCCUCAUCCUCAAGGAGACCCGGCGGCUGCCCUGGGCCACUGGCUACGCAGAGGUUAUCAAUGCUGGGAAGAGCACACACAAUGAAGACCAAGCCAGCUGUGAGGUGCUCACUGUGAAGAAGAAAGCAGGGGCCAUUACCUCAACCCCAAACAGGAACUCGUCUAAGCGACGGUCCUCCCUUCCCAACGGGGAAGGGCUGCAACUAAAGGAGAACUCGGAAUCAGAAGGCGUGUCCUGCCACUACUGGUCGCUGUUUGAUGGUCACGCAGGAUCGGGGGCCGCCGUGGUCGCAUCCCGACUGCUGCAGCACCACAUCACGGAGCAGCUGCAGGACAUCGUCGAGAUCCUGAAGAACUCUGCCGUCCUCCCCCCAGCCUGCCUGGGGGAGGAACCGGAGAACACACCUGCCAACAGCCGAACUCUGACGCGGGCAGCUUCCCUCCGUGGAGGGGUGGGAGCCCCGGGCUCCCCCAGCACGCCACCCACCCGCUUCUUUACAGAGAAAAAGAUUCCACAUGAGUGCCUAGUUAUUGGGGCCCUUGAAAGUGCAUUCAAAGAAAUGGACCUACAAAUAGAACAAGAGAGGAGUUCAUAUAAUAUAUCUGGUGGCUGCACAGCCCUCGUUGUGAUUUGCCUCUUGGGGAAGCUGUAUGUGGCCAAUGCUGGGGACAGCAGGGCCAUAAUCAUCAGAAGUGGAGAAAUCAUCCCCAUGUCUUCGGAAUUCACCCCCGAGACUGAGCGCCAGCGACUUCAGUACCUGGCAUUCAUGCAGCCUCACUUGCUGGGAAAUGAGUUCACACAUUUGGAGUUUCCAAGGAGAGUGCAGAGAAAGGAACUUGGAAAGAAGAUGCUCUACAGGGACUUUAAUAUGACCGGCUGGGCAUACAAAACCAUUGAGGAUGAUGACUUGAAGUUUCCCCUUAUAUAUGGAGAAGGCAAGAAGGCCCGAGUAAUGGCAACAAUUGGAGUGACCAGGGGACUUGGGGACCAUGACCUGAAGGUGCAUGACUCCAACAUCUACAUAAAACCAUUCCUGUCUUCAGCUCCAGAGGUAAGAGUCUAUGAUCUCUCCAAAUACGAGCAUGGAGCAGAUGAUGUGCUGAUCCUAGCCACUGAUGGACUCUGGGAUGUUUUAUCAAAUGAAGAAGUGGCAGAAGCAAUCACUCAGUUUCUUCCUAACUGUGAUCCAGAUGACCCUCACAGGUACACACUGGCAGCUCAGGACCUGGUGAUGCGUGCCCGGGGCGUCCUGAAGGACAGAGGAUGGCGAAUAUCUAAUGACCGACUGGGCUCAGGGGACGACAUUUCUGUAUAUGUCAUUCCUUUAAUACAUGGAAACAAACUGUCAUGAAAAGAGCCCAGAGGAUUGGGAGGACUGACGGGAAGGAAGCUGGGAUGCCUUUUGUGGGGCAGGAUUGGGAAGUGCCCAGGCGGAGUUCCAGAUACUGCAGUCUCUUCCCAGCCCAGACGGGAUGGGUGGGGAGUUGGCUGCUGAAAAGCCUCUGGUUAUGCUUCCAGAUGACCCUUGGGUUUCAGUUUCCUUCUUAGUAACAGGUCUGGAUACUCAACAAGAGCAAAAAAAUGCUGCUACUGCGUGUUGUAUUUUGGUUGGUUCCUCUUAUAGGCAUCCUUGUAGGCCUUCUGCCUAUUUGGAACACAUACAACAUAUUUAUUUUAUCUAGAGUAGCUGGGGCAGCCAUUUUCAGGUGUAACUGGCAGAAGACUCUCAAGCUGGUCAAGCUGCCAACUUCUCUACGGGUUAAAAGUGCUGCAUUGGAAAGUUGGGGAUUUUUCCUCAGAAAGUAUAAGCGUCCACCUUCUAGUAAGCCUGAGAUUUUAUUUCAGGGAACCUUUGUCUCUAUCUCCCUAUCUCUCUCUCUCUCUUUUGUGGUGAUGGUGGGGUAAGGCAGAAUUUUUCCUUUUUUGACAUUCCUUGAAUCUUUACUUUUUCCCUUCCAUAGAACAGGCCUGGGACUUUCCGGGUCCUUGCUGAGGAAUUUAUGUGUCGAAGCCCAACCCAGGCUGUCCCCAGAACCUCUACCCCACACCACCCAGGCAGCCAUCUGGAGCAGUGCCCUGUAUAACAGAGUGCUAUCUUUGUUGUAUAACUGAAUUUGUCCCUGAAUUACAUUUUCAUACCAAAUCAGUGUGUUUUCAUAAAAAUAUGGGUGUUUCUCUGGACCAACAGUUUCUCUAUUGUCUUCAACAGUCCCCCUUGUUAUGACUUUAGGUUUCUCUGUGAGAGUCUGGGUUUUCAUUUCUGGAGUGGUUGGCCCUCCCCCACCUGCUGUGCGGUGGGUCACAUGUCAAGCAGUGUCUAAUGCAGCAGAGGUAUAAGAAAUUCCUAGUGUUAGUCAGUUCCCCAUACCUCAUUUGAGGACCAUUCCUCCAUUCUGGAUGCAGGUCUUGUGGGCCAUGACUGUUCCUAAGCCCACUCCAAACAAAGUGGAAGUAUCAAAAAGAUGUCACGAAGCAACAGUUCCACUCUCCCCGUCAUCUUGGUGUAAGGCCUACUCAAGACAGCCCUUUGAUAAAAGGGAAUUUGAAUUGGUUUGACGAACAUUCUCAUGCUAUACUUCCUGUUCCUUCUGCAAGGCAUCAUGUCCUUGCUACCCAAGAACUGAGACCCCCAUUCCACUGUAGCUCCACCUGCAAGUGGUCCUUACUAGUAAAGCAGCAGCAGCUGCAGAAACAGUGGACACUAUCUACCUGCUGUUUCUCUGCAAGGAGGAAUAACAAAGUAAAUGUUUAGAAAUCACUUCUAUAUCUUGGGCAGACUGCUGCUCUGCUCUGCAUUGUGGGAAUUUGUAGAGCAAUGUCCAAUUACCAAGUUUUCUUCCUGCAGACCUACUGUGGUGCCAGCACUGUUUUGACAGCUUUGUGUAAUUACAACGUUCUUCCAACCCAAUAAGGAAAGUGGUAAUUGGUGUGAUCCUAAAAACUGCUGGAGAGCCGAUUCCAUUUCUCAUGUUUGUUUGAAUUGCUUCCCCAGAGGCGAGAGGAUAAGAGCAUUUCCUCAAAGCUACUAAAUCGCCUGUAUUCCUAGAACUGUAGAUAUUUUCUUAAGAGAGGCCUGGAGCCUUCCUACUCAGGAGUGAAUUCAUUCCACAGUAUGGAAAUGGUGACCUGUCAGGCAUGUGAAGUGCUGUGGGAACUCACCCCACCAGGUAUUUGCCAAAAUGUUGCCUGAAAAGAAUUCAACUAUUAUCUUGUCAGGAAUCUUCUUCAUCUGAUAACUUUCCCUCCACCUUUAGCAAACUUAGCCACUCCAGUAUCUGCGGGGAUAAGUUCGUGGUAAACCAUUUGCUUCCCUGGCAGAAUAUGAUGCUGUAGGAAAACACUCAGGCAUCCUACAGCAGUGUGGUCAACUUUCAGCUCCUGCCUGGACUCCCAAAGUCAUGUACAAACUGGAAACUCGAGAAAGUGUUCCAUGGAGGACCUGGGCCUUCUUUGGGAAGCUGCAGUCACAAACAAUCACUCCUUCCCCGUGUUCCUAUUGCCUUUCAUUUCUUUCCCUUCCUGGGCCUAUGUCUGGGCCUCACCUUAAGCUUCUCUAGUUUUAUUUAUGUCAGAAUUUGUCCGACUCUGCUAGAGUCAGAGUUUGAGUGCAGAUACCACACAGCUGUCAUGAAAACCAUCUAAUCACUAUGGCUGUUAACCAGUUCAGCAGUUCAAAUCCACCAGCCACUCCUUGGAAACCCUAUGGGGCAGUUCUACUCUGUCCAGUAGGGUCACUAUGAGUCGGAAUCAACUCUAUAGGAAUGGGUUUGGUUUUUUUGGUUUUUUAAGACAUGUCUCAGACAAAACUCUGGAACUACCUUAUUCAGUUUACCUUAAAACUUGAGCAUUUCAUCCUACUGGGUUUAGUUAGAAAUGUAUCCAGGAAUUUUUCUCAUAAGCCAUAGGAAAAUAAGCCCUCUUGGGUGGAAAGAUCUUAGUACCAUACUCAAGCCAUGUUUCUGCUUGGGGCCUGGGAGGAAGACUACAAAUGAGCCGAAUAGGUCAAAAGUGGAAAAAAUGAUUUGUUAAUGCCCGCAGCUGAUCUGCUGAGCACUGAUGUUGCUCUGUGGAUUGAGCUUACUCUGUGUUGGCCUUAUUUUUUAUCGAGGCUCCAAGUCACCCAACCCGGAGAAGUAACUUUGUCUAUAUUACCAGCUGGCCCUUGGAGCAUUCCUGGAAAGACCAAAAGGCAGCACACUCAAAAUUCUGCAAAAGAUAUUUAUAUGUGGUUCUGAAACCUUGUGUAUCUGACUUAUAGCCAAAUCUGCUUGCCCUAAUACCUCCAGAGAAAACUGUGUUUAAUAAAAAGCUUUGAUUUCCUAGUCAAGGCUUUAGAGUUGUCUUAGGGUAUGUGUGGCCACUUACUACUUCAAUGAAAGGCCCUUUCAGUUCUAAAUCUCUUUGUUGAGCUGGCCCUGCUCUUCAGACUCUUUGGUGAGACUGUUUUCCUUAAAGAGAACAUUCUCACAUGGCAUCUGCACUCUGCAACUAAAGCUUUGUUCUCGUAACACCUGAAAUAGCGGUGUCAGCAGUCAGAUGUAGUAUGUUCUGCUGUGGUUUUGUGUACCUUCCUGCUGUUUCGGGGGUGGGCAGGGAGAGAAGAAAAUCAAGCUAGGCCAAGUACUCAGCUGUCUGAUAUGACAAAGCCCAAAAAAUGAGAUUUUCAGUUAUUUUCCACAGUAUUACUGCUUUGGAGGGCUUGGGGGUAUUUAAUGUUUUAACUCCUAGCAAUGUACCUCCAUAGAGCUACGUGAAGUCAGCUUUGCCCACCCUCUUCUUCCUCUUCUCUCUAAGCAUUCAUUUACUUCUUGGGAAGAAUUGCAGCCAUAGGUACAUACUAUUGGGCAGGAAUGAGAGUCCCAGUACCCAGAUUUGGCCUCAGAUCUUGGCCGUUCAGGCAGGGUUUUCGGUUGACUAAGAGCACUAGCAUGGAAACAUUUUAGGACAGUCUCCUAUGUCUUUAAAAAUUCUAAUUCUCCCCUUGAUUUCACCUCCCUCACCUCCUUCAUGUGCCAGUCAACUUUAUUUAUAAGGCUGCAGGUGGUCAGUGCUUUCCUUCCACCACAGAUUGAGGGUUUAACCUUUCCUUAAGUGAUCCAGCAGCUCCACUGUUUUCCAGGUGAAGAUGUUAAGCUUUUAUGAGAUUCUGUUUUUAUUAGAUUAGUGCUUGUAGGGACACUUGGAGAGAGCGGCGUGAGAGUCAUUGUCUAUGCAAAGAACAGCCAGGCUGACCUUAAAAGUUAUCAGAUCAAAGAAGAAAAUAAAAGCGUCUUUGGCCACAUGAUAGAUUAAUUUUAUGUUAGGAACUUGGAUUUUUGAGGAAUUGUAUUUUUUGGAUGGCAGAGAAAUGUUGCAGCUUGCAUGCCACAGCCCACCUGUGAGUGAGCUUUUGGUUUAAUGUGGGCAUUGUAGCACAGGUGUGUACACUGGGAUUUUUCAAAGGACACUAGGUGAGCAACUGACUUUCCUCCUCUUCGAGCACCAUGGCUCUGUGUCAGGUUUGAGUGCCGGUCUGGGAAGUACUGCUGUUUUCAAUCUACAAUGUUAUCUGUGUAAAUAGCUUUAUUUUUUUUUUCCCCUCUACAUCUUAGAUGGAGUUGUGUUCAUGUAGCAACCAGGUAGACAGUGACCAAAUGAGGCUGUAAAUGUGCUGUUGUUUUCUACUGUGACGUACUUGAAGGAGGAAAGCCUUGUGUCCUCCACUCUCCCAAUCUUCCAAGAGUAUUUUGUGUUUGUCUGGGGAGUCUUGAGGUUGUUCUUUUACCCCUAUGUUGCCUCCAUUUUCUUUGUGUCUUCUGGAAACCCAGGGAGGCCCAUGGUGGAGACCAUUUUUACGGAAUGUA